UUGUAUUCUCAUAACUUUAUAAGACUUAUCGGAGAAGAAAUUUCAGAUGAAUUAAAGUUAAGGAUUAUAAUUUUAGCUGAUUUUAACGUUAAGAUUUUUGCCGUCGUUUUAAUUGUGAUAGCUAAUGCUACAAUUGUGAGACGCCCGGCGGAAUUCGAGGCUGAUGAUCUUCUGCUUGACCACGAUGAGAACCCGAUCCUUGGACCCAUUAGCAACUCAGACUCAUCCAUUCGUAAUUCUGCAGAUUUAAAUUCAGAAUCAACGCAAAAACAACCGACAAUUUGGGCACUUCUCCGUACUCUUUUGUCUACAUUUGCUGACCGGAUGCUUGCCGGCUGGAUAUUUAUGCUGGUGCAUACACUACUAGUUUAUGCGGAUCCUUUGCUGCUAAGGUGA